CAUUCCCGCGAAUUGUACCACCACCGUCGCACUGAUAAGAGUUGGGACAAUGGGCUAUGCCGACAGCUGAAAUCUGACUUAAUCCUCAAUCCUUCGACGGCGCUGUUGCCGGGACCUUGGGACAUCAAAGCUGCAACAUACAGGCCCUGCGGCAAUAGAUCAAUGGUUGACCAAGGCGCAUGGCACCCAAAGCAACAUGGCGCUGGGAUAUCCUUGCUAACCUCUACAUCCUCGUCUCGACAGUAUUUGCUCAGUACCCUCAGCCCGUUACGGACAACUCUUCAACAAUCAUACAUUCACCAAUCGAUCCGGACAUCACGGUGACUUACAAGAGUGUUCCAGUUGGAACUUGCACAACGGUUUUCGCUACUCAAAAACAAUUCGCAGGCUACAUCACACUCCCACCGAAUGUGCUAGACCCGAGCCAAGGAAACUACACUAUCAACACAUUUUUCUGGUUUAUUGAAGCAAGGCAGCUUCCAGAGUUGGCACCUCUAACCGUCUACAUCAAUGGCGGUCCAGGCUCGAGCAGCAUGGUUGGCCUCUUCCAAGAGGUAGGCCCAUGUCAAGUUGUCGAAAUUGCACAAGAUGAGCUUGGUACUGUACCCAGGGACUGGGGAUGGGAUCGCGGCAGCAACAUUAUCUUUAUAGACCAACCUGUUCAGGUCGGCUUCUCUUACGACACCUUGACAAAUGUGUCAGUCAACCUCCUCGACGACUUGGUCAUCGCCCCGCCCACAUCUGUUCCUAUCAGUCAGCCUGGUUAUACAUUCUUGAAUGGCACAUAUGGUUCGGGAAACCCGUCUUCUACAGCAAACACUUCACAAAUUGCUGCCCAGUCCGUGUGGCAUUUUCUGCAGACUUUUCUCACCACAUUUCCACAGUAUAAUACAGCUCUCCGACAAGAUAACACCACAUCGGCCAGUGAGAUACACCUUUUCACGGAGUCCUAUGGCGGAAAAUAUGGGCCUGCCAUAGGACAGUUUAUCCAGAGUCAGAAUGCUCGCCGACAAGAUGACGUUCAGUUUGCCAACAGUUCAAUUGAACUUAGCCUUGCAUCACUUGGCAUCAUCAAUGGCUGGAUCGAUCUGGUCAGCCAAUCACCAUAUCAUCCCAAGUUUGCUUAUCAAAAUACAUAUGGCAUUGAGACAAUAACACAAUUGGAAGAAUUGAAUGCGCUCAGUGCUUACGAUGGUGACGAUGGAUGCUUACAGCAGACGAUGGUUUGCAGAGCGCAACAAGCCGCGCUUGAUCCUUCUGGCUACGGCAAUAUCCCUGCCGUCAAUGAAGCGUGCUCGCAGGCGCAACUGUACUGUCAGACUUAUGUCGUUGGGCCAUACACAAUAUCCAAUCGCUCAAUUUACGACAUCUCACAGGACGUUCUCGACCCCUUUCCAGACUCGCACUACCUUGAAUACCUUAAUCAGCUCUCAGUUCAGCAAGCCAUUGGUGUUCCAGUCAAUUACACACAAGAUUCGAUGGCCGUAUACACAGCAUUCAAUACUACGGGCGACUAUGCUCGUGACGAUAUUCUGCAAGACCUUGUUGAUCUUCUCAACUCAGGCGUGAGGGUUGCUCUGAUCUAUGGUGACCGAGACUACAUCUGCAAUUGGUUGGGUGGUGAAGCCGUUUCGUUUUCCAUUGCUGGCGCUGCAGGGGCAGCUUAUCAGCCUUGGUAUGCAGCGGGUUAUGCUCCCAUAGUGGCCAACAGCUCAUACAUUGGCGGUGUGGUUCGACAGUAUGGCAAUCUGAGCUUCAGCCGGAUAUACGAUGCAGGCCAUCUGGUCCCUGCGUAUCAGCCAGAGACAGCUUUCACCGUCUUCUCGCGAAUAAUCUCUGGCGACGAUAUCAGCAUGGGCAAGGCUGUCAACUUGUCCACAUACGGAUCGGCGGGUGAUGCCAAUGCUACCUACCAAAACUCAGCACCGGCGAUGGCUAGUCCGACAUGCUUUCUUCGCGCUGUGAACUCUACAUGUGAUACAGACCAGAAGAACAUGCUGGCCAAUGAUGCCGGGGUCAUUAUCAAUGGCGUCCUCUUUCAAGAGAAAUCAGAUUGGCAGUCUCCCGACCCUAGUUUGGUGACCGUGGCAGGAGUCCCCGGUACAGCACCCAUCAGCAUGAUUACGAGCGGCCCAGCAUCAAGCUCUUCAACAAGAUUGUCCACUUCAGGCUCCACGAGUGCCCACAGUAAGACGACGACGACAGGCGAGAGUAGCACUCUUCCCACAGGCGUGUACACAGCAACGAGCAUACCUAGGACAUCGAGUGGAAGCAAUAGCGGAGCCAGUGCGACGAGCGCGGCUGCCACGCAUAUGAAAAGCAAUGUGUUUACUAUGUUUUCGUUUUCAAAAGAUACCCAACCUGGCACGGCGACAUUGUUGGUUUAUGUUUAUGCCAGUAUUUUGGCCAUCCUGGGCAAAAGCAUCAUAAUGUGACGGAUGCCAUGAAUGUUUCGGGCAUAGAUGUGGAUAAGAAGUGGUCGCAGAGCCAUAGAUUCUGCAGGACAUAAUGACAGAUUACAACAUUGAGGGUAGACCACGACGAAUGAUGAUGCUCAGUGAUAAAUUGAUCAAUGCCCUUUCUUCCGUCAAACCUACUCGAUCUAAGCUCUCGGUGCAAUGGCCUGACCGCUGCUCCUGGAUUGGGUUCGUUUAUGCUCAGUCUUCACCUGACGCGCAUAGUUGGUGGGUUUGUUGCACACCGGGCUAAGGCCAUGGGGAGUGCUACACGUUCGACUACCGUACCAGCAUCGGAAGGCUAAGGUUAUGCAAUAGUUUGAGUUGUACUUGGAGAUGCAACACGGUGCUAGCGGCA